AAUAAUUCUACUGGAUCGUGGCUUUAAUUACAGCCACCGCAUUUGUAAGAGGAAAAAUAUAUUUUCAAUUAAAAAAGUGUUGCGUCCCUUAUAUGUCACAAUGAAGUGGAUUUCAUUGUUGUGUUUAAAAUUGUGGAUUAUUAAAAGUUCAGUUCAAACGGAUUCAAAUUUCACUUUUACGUAUGAUAUGGCAAUGCAGUGCAAAGAGCAUAUCUGCCAACACGGCUACAACUACGAGAUGUUCUACUUCGUGGACUACGCUGACCGGAAAGAUAUGCGUUCAGAUCCUAGUAUUGUAUUCGAAAUGCAUAUUGCGAUACUAGCGGCUAGUAACGGGCAUAUUCUUUUGUCUACUGUCCCUAAACCUGAUGCAACGGAUCCUGUGUAUGAGAUCGUUGUCGGUGGUGGAGCAAAUAAAUUUACGGAGCUGAGAGGAAAUUUGAAAAGAAAUGCAAGAGCUUCCGCGAAGACUGUUGGCAUUUUGUCUACAGUUAACUUCAGGGCGUUUUAUAUAAAAAUAACGGAAGAUGGUCUAAUUGAAUUUGGGCGAGAAGGUGAAAUAUUACCAAUAAUAUCUUAUCAAGAUAUGAACCCACUGACUGUUCGAUACUUUAGUUUCGCUGCUUGGAACGGUGUUGAGGCUAAAUUUCUUUUUGACUGCCCAAUACCUUUGACCAAUGGUUCUAGUGUCACGCCCAGUUCUCAAGCAGUUGAACCAAAACUAUCCAACUCGGAUAGACUAAUGCGAACUCUGCUAUUAAACAAAGAUCCAUAUCAACCGCCCAGACCAAAAUUCACUGUAAACAUUGGAGUAAAAGUAACAGGCAUAACUUAUGAUGCAUUUGAAUCUAAAUUGAGCACGGCUGUGUCUAUCGUUCGGAAAUGGACGGAUGACAGUAUGGCUUGGAAUCCAAGUAAAUUCAACGGAACGACAUAUCUUACGUUUCGACAGGGGCAGAUAUGGACUCCUACUUUAACAGUUUUUAACUCUGAUUCGAUCAGCAUGUUAGCUCCUAAAAACCAAGAAUUGAUAACUAUGGUGAACAGCGGUGAAGCGACCCUCCAUAUGCAGACAACGAUCCAGACUUGGUGUUUUGAUUACGAUAACACGAUAACGAAAUGGCCACGUGAUGAGUACUUGUGUACUAUAGUUUUGGAACCUUGGGAACUUCAUGAUCAGAUCGUUCUAAGGCAAUUAGAUCCUAACAGUGAUGCGAUGAAAGCGUUUACAGUGAUUGAUGAAGUUGUACAAAAUGCUUGGGAUGUAAAUACUCACCAGUACGUUGUAAAUUCAUCAUCUUGGAACCAAAUUUAUACCUUCGAUGAUAAUACUACUCACCUCAAUGACAGAUACGUCAUAAACGUCAGCUUGAAACGAAGAGCCACUGCAUAUAAUAUUGUUUUCUAUACGCCUUUAUUAGUACUCAUGACGUUUGUUUUAUUAUCAUUCUGGAGCGAGCGAUUAAAUAUGAAGAGGGUUUGGUUCUAUGGAUGUUGCACUGUUGUUAUUUGCAUGGGCUUAUGCAACAUUGAUUUCUUGGUACCAAGCCACACUGUGCCUACUAUUAUGAUUUUAUAUGUUACUGUUUUGGGAGGGGUAUUAUUAGCACUGUUAGUGCACGUAGCGCUGAUGACGUCAUUAGCCAAACGACUAUGUAAGACAACCUUUAUCCAGAAUAAUUUGACCUCACAGUGGUUCAGAGCCUUAUUCUGCUUGCCACCUUUAAAGGUAUGUCAAAUAUAUGAAACUGUGGACGAAUGUUAUACUAGGCAAGAUGAUGACGACUCAGGUGUGGUAGCACCAAGAAACGGUAGCAUAGAAGAGAUGCAGAGUGACAAUAAAGAAUACAGCGAAUCCAUGGAGGUUGCAGAAGCUAUAGACAAGUUGAUGUUUUUUAUAUACUCUGUAUCAUUUGCUAUAAUGCUAGCGUUACACUUCUGAACAUAAAUCGAAUAUAAUGUGUAUGAGUAA